AUGGAUUAUCAUAAAGAGAAACAAAUUGGAGAUGAAGACGAUCAAAUCAUCUUGCAUGAUGGAGUAAGUGAAGACAGAAUAAGCGAAGAUGGUGACAAUAGUAGUGAAAUAUUCUUGUCCAGAGACUUUAAAAGUAGACAUGUAUCAAUGUUCUCGGUAGCUAGUGCCAUAGGAACAGGUUUGAUUAUUGGAAGCGGUACAGGUUUAAAACGGGGAGGACCAGCGAGUCUCUUUCUAGGAUACCUGUUUACUGGCAGCUUGCUCGUGGGCGUAAUAUUUAGCCUUGGUGAGAUGGCUAGCUUCUGUCCCAUGGACAAAGGAUUCAGUGGAUACUGUACGAAAUAUGUGGAUCCUGCUUUAGGCUUUGCUGCCGGCUGGAAUUACUUCCUUAAAUAUGCAAUUGUUUUCUCCUCCAAUUUAACAGCAGCCGGACUUAUAAUCCAGUAUUGGUUACCUAAUCUCAAUGUAGCGGUCUGGGUUAGUGUAUUUUACGUGAUUAUUGUUGCAAUAAAUUACUUGGGAUCAAAAUAUUAUGGUGAAUUAGAGUUUUGGUUCGCCGUAACAAAAUUACUAAUUCUUGUCAUGAUUUUUAUAAUAUGCAUUGUUAUAUCAAGUGGAGGUGGUCCCACUCAUGAGACCAUUGGUUUUCGAUAUUGGAGAGAAACACCUUUUUUAGAAUAUUUGGUAUCUGGCAGUAAGGGGAGGUUUUUAGGUUUUUUUGCUUGCGUUUGUCAGCUGGUCUUUGCGGUCAUUGGGAGCGAAACGAUUGGAAUAGUGUUUGGUGAAGCCAAAGAUCCUAAAAACACAAUUCCUCGAGCUUCAAAACAGAUACUAAUAAGAAUUGGAUUCGUAUAUAUUCUCGGUGUAUUCUUAUUGGGUAUAUCUGUUUCCCCAAACAAUCCGCAAUUAGUAAGUGCUCUGGGAACUAACGCUGAUGCGUCUCCUUUUGUGAUUGCUAUAAAAGUUUCCGGAAUAAAGGUACUUCCAUCGUUUAUAAAUGCUUGCUUGUUGAUGUUUGUUCUUAGUACAGGGAUAUCAGACUUAUAUAUUUGCUCACGUCAACUCUAUGGCCUAGCGAAAGAUGGUGCAGCCCCGAAGAUUUUCUUGAAAAUGAACAAGUUUAACAUUCCUUUCAUAGGUUGCCUUUUCGCUGCCAUAUUCGGUGUACUUGCAUAUAUGAACGUCAAAGAGUCUUCCGCAGAAUCAUUUGGAUAUAUCACAUCGACUGUGUCUGUCUUUGGAAUCUUAAAUUGGGCUUAUAUUUUGAUUUCAUAUAUCGGAUUCCAUCGAGCAGUAACUUCGCAAGAUGUACCGAGUGCAAAAAUUCCUUUCAAGAUGUGGUUCCAACCUUAUUCAGCAUAUGUGACACUAUUUUUCGUGCUAGUUAUUACUUUUUUCUUCGGAUAUGGUGCAUUUGUACCUAAAUUUGAUUACAAGAUUUUUAUAACUAGUUACAUUGGUGUGUUUGUUAAUAUCGCAUUAUAUGCUUUUUUCAAGCUUUGGUUCAAAACAAAGCUUGUCAACCCAUACACGGUAGAUUUGAGAAGGUAA